AUGUACAACGACCACCACUUCCACUACGGCUACUUCAUCUAUGCCGCUGCCACCGUCGCCAAGUUUGAUUCCGCGUGGCGCGACCAGCUGCGGCACUUUGACGCGUACGCGCUGCACUCGUGGGCCAGCGGGCUGUUUGAAUUCGUCGACGGGCGCAACCAGGAGAGCUUUUGCGAGGCGGCCAACGCGUACUACGCGGCGGCGCUGCUGGCGUCCGUGCUGGGUAACCAGCCGCUCGCCACGCUGGGCGCCACGCUGGCCGCCGUGGAGGCCCUCGCCGGCCAGACCCUCAUGCACAUGCCGCUGGCCUCGUCUUAUCCGCAUCCCUCCCUCUCACCUGGCUACAAUGUGUUCGCCCCGCCUGCGGACAUGGAGAAGCGCGUGGGCAUCCAGGUGCUGCCCGUCUCGCCCUUCCUCACCCACCUCUUCCCGGACCACGAGUUUGCCAAGCAGCUCGUGGAGUGGGCGCAACCCGUGCUGACUCGCGCCACCACGCACGAGUGGCGCAACUUCGCGUGGGCGCUGCAGGCGUUGUACGACCCGCAGGGGGCCAGGACGAACAUUGCUGCUCUAACGGCGUUUGAUGAUGGCAACUCCAAGACCAAUAUGCUCUGGCUCGGGCUGCACCUCUCCAUGCCUUCCACAUUACGUGCACCACAACUGCCUUGCCUACCACUUUCAACACCUUCCCCAUGCCCCACGUGUUGCUCUCUUUCCCCUUCUCUCCAACCUUCAUUCCCUCUUUCCCCCACCUCUCCUCCUCGAUGGCGGAUGGCUAUUGGUGGCAACAAAGAGGCGCUGCAAUCACUGCAAUAG